AUGUUAAAGACUACACCAACUGUCACCCCUAUGGUUCUCAAUAAUAAACUUUGUAGUGAUGAAGGAGAACUGCUAGAAAGUGCUCGAGAAUUUCGAUGUAUGGUUGGGGCGUUAUUGAAUAUUUUUCAUACAAGACCAGAUAUUGUUUACAGUGUGAGUAAGGAAGCAAUACGUGUAGUGGCCUUUGAUGAUGUUGACUGGGGUGGUUGUGUGGAUGAUCGACGAUCCAUGUCAGGUCAUUGUGUUUUAGUUGGUGGUAACAUGGUGUCAUGGUCUGCUAAGAAGCAGAAUGUUGUCUAUAGGUCAACCAUGAAAGCAGAAUAUCGAAGCCUAGCUGAUGCAGCUACAGAGGUUGCUUAG